GUUUCGGGACGGUGGUGCCGAACUGCUGACAUUUUCGAGUCAGAGAAGUGAUCCAGUAGGAAGGAGCAGCGCAGAGCAGGAAACAACGAGCAGAAGAUUUAUAAUAGGUGGUUGUGUGGACGACAAACUUGGACAAAUUUUUUGAUAACGUAAAGGAAAAAGUGCUAUACAUUUGGAAGUGCAUCGGAAUUUGCAGGGUCAGCUGGAAGGAUGCUUCCGCCGAGAGGUGUGUCGAAGGAAAAUCUGGAAUUUGCGUCAAAGUGUUUACCGACAAAUAUCGAUUAAUAUGAAUUGGCUUGGUCCUAAUCGGAGUCGCCGAACACCUUUACCAAAUAAGAGAAACAAAAGAAGCAUUAUUUGGGCGCUUUGUUAAUCUUCAGCAAUUGAGCAAGACUGAUUUACGUUAAACACACAAAAACUCACUCACAGCUAAGAGCACUCCACAAAAGCACCAGCAAGCAGAGCACUUAACUUAGGCAGCAAAAUGUCGUUCUCCAACGGUACUCAGCUCAAGUCGUCCUCCUCCGGUGGCACCAACGGCGGCGGCCCACCCCGGCAGCCGUUGAAUCCACCGGGGCGACCUCAGAGCUACAGUUACAGUCGAGAUUCGGACCGGCUGCUGUGGGAAAUGCGUCCGGCCAACCGAACGCCCAAUACCACCCCGGUCAGCACGGUGCUCAACUCGCCGGACCUGACCGAUCUGGACACGAAACUGCGCUACCAGCACAGCACGCUGAUGCAGCACCACCAGAUCAAGGUUGGCCGCAGUCCGGUCGGCAGUGGCGGAAACAACGACAGCAAUAACUCCACCAACCCGUCUAGUCCGACAAUGGUGCUCGACUCGGGGCAUCACCCGGAAGCAGCGUUCUCGUCCUUCUCGAUGCUGUCCGACGGCGAGAUGGUCGUGUUCGACGAUAUCGACACGACAACGAUGCGCAACUGGCGCAUGAGCGGAGAUCGGGACAUUCUGGGCAGUUCACCGGUGCCUUCCGAAAACGAGGACGAAGAAGAGGACAAUAGUUGUGCUUCCGGUGGUCGGGGAGGGGGCGGGGUAGAUGACGAGAGGAAUUACUACGACGUGGACAGUACGAAGAUUCAGCGGAUCAUCGGGGGAUUGACGAUUGCGGAGUACGAGGGAUCGCCACGAAGGUUCGGUAUGGUAGAUCGGGAUGAGGUUGGAGGAGACGGCGGUGGUGGACGACCAGCUGGGAUGCCAAGGCCCGGAUUUCCAAAGAGGGUGAUUUCACCGAGUCCAUCGGAAUUGCAGCAUCGUCCACAGCGGUCGCCGGCUGCCGAAAGUCAGUCGGAGUUGAUAGAUCUCAAUGAUGAUGGGGAUGGAUCCCGGUUGCGACGUUCUGCCGCCAACGAAAGUAAGUUUAAUCUAACCUACGUGGAUUAUUUCACCUCCACCAAUGACGAGCUGUCGUUGAUGGAAGAAGGUGAUCAGAACAAUCAAACUCCGACUAACAUACUGACUAAUAUCGAUAACGAUGGUGGCGGUGGUGGAGGGAACGAUCAAGACUACUUCUUUAGCUAUGGCACUAAUCGGAAUGCUCAAAGUAACGCUUAUGUCGCUCAACGCUUGGCUACGACAAAGUCCAAUCGCUCCGGGUCCAGAGAGCAGGAGGAUGCCGAAGAUGAGGAUGAUGAAGACGACCAGCUAUCGCGAACUCCCAUCGGUGGGGGCCAUUUGAGCAAUAGUUAUCCCUAUUAUCAUAAGUACAGCAACAGCCAAUGCCACUACGCUAGUUCCAAUGUAGAGAUGGAUCCGGCGGAGCCGCACAAUCAGCAACGUUACUAUCAUUACGCUUCUUCGCAGCAGCAACAGCAGCAUCAUCACCAUCAUCAUCCGGGGUACGGUGGAAGUGGUGGCGAAGCGCAGGACAUUGAACUGUUCAUCGAUUCCGGUAGUCGCAGUGGGGGCGAGUCGGAGGUGGACCAGCAACAGCAGCAGGUGGAGCCGCAUCACAAGCACCAGCACCACUCGCAUGUGGACAGUAAGAUCAGGAGUUUUACACUCUCGCCGGAAACGACCGACUAUGACUCGAACUGCGGCGAUCUGGACUCGGAGAUGUCGCUGCGCUAUAUGGGGAAUGAAUACGGACUCUCCGCUGACUUGAACGGCCACAUGGGAAGCGGUGGCGGUGGCAACGAUAACUCCAUCACCGACUACGGACGUCUCUACAGCAGUAUGCCCAUCCUGGAGGACGGUCUCUCCAGUGGUCACGCGUCCGAUACGGAAAACAACUUAGCUCCUCCACCGCCUCCGUCGGCUCUCACGGGCAUCUCCAUCGUAAUGGACCAGUCACAGCAGUCGCACCUCCAACAGCAGGAUGAUUCGUCAUCGGUGGUGGCGGGAGUGGUCGUGUCGACGAUAGAGCAGGAAUCCGGUCAUCCCUUCAUUUCUUCCAUCCAGAUGGCAGCGGAUCAACCAACCUCGCAGCUCCAGGACUCCAGUGACGAAGUUCAGGAAGCGAUCAAGGACAUCAAGGCGGCCCUGCAAAAGACCAAAAUUUUGCCCUCCACGGAAGGACCCUCGCUGCUAGAUGCGGAGCAGGACGGUCGAACGGAGGUUUCACCGGUGUGGGUACCGCGGUCCUUCGAGAAAUCGCGGGAAAGUCUGGAAUCAGAUCAACCGGCGAAGCUGCUGAGUGCAGACGAAGAAGAAGCCGAUACCGAUCUGGAAACGGAUCGAUUACUUGGUCAACAACGGCUGGAUGAUCCGGGAUUCGGCGACGAUAAGAGUUGGGUUGGAAAUGAUCGUGCCAAGAUACGGUCGAUCCGGUCGCCAACGGUUCCGUUAGUCAGCAAAAAUCACACGGCGAUUCGGGCCGGAGUAGGAACGCAGAUAUCGGCGGAGUCCCCGGCGAACAACGUUGGCAUCACGAACGUGUACGGCAACGGUGGGACCAUUCCGCUGGGAUCGGAUAAAGAGGACGUGAAACCGCUGAACCAGACUGGCUCGCCUGGGGACAAGAGUCCCGCCUCGAAGAGUGAUCAAGAAAAGAAGGCCAAGUGUAAAACGAAAGAAGGUCUUCUGGAUCCAUCAGUUCUCAUCGAGGGAGUCCUCUUCCGCGCACGCUAUCUCGGUUCCACUCAGCUGGUUUGCGAAGGCCAACCAACCAAAUCAACCCGAAUGAUGCAAGCCGAGGAAGCCGUCUCACGAAUAAAGGCACCGGAAGGCGAAUCGCAGCCCAGUACCGAGGUCGACCUUUUUAUCUCGACCGAGAAAAUCAUGGUGCUGAACACCGAUCUCAAGGAGAUCAUGAUGGAUCACGCCCUGAGGACAAUCUCCUACAUUGCCGACAUCGGUGACCUGGUAGUGCUGAUGGCACGGAGGCGUUUCGUGCCGCAGGACGUCGAUCCCGGUGAUCCGGCUGCACCGCUGGUAGCGGCCGCCACUCAGCAGACCACCUCCACGAAUAAUGCUUCCACCGGUGGUGCCACAACCGGCGACAGCGGUAACAGCAGUCCACCAAAGAAGUCCCUCCCGCGGGGCAACCGGACACCCAAGAUGAUUUGCCACGUGUUUGAAAGCGAAGAGGCCCAGUUCAUAGCGCAAUCCAUUGGGCAGGCAUUCCAGGUGGCCUACAUGGAGUUUCUAAAGGCGAACGGAAUUGAGGACCACAGCUUCAUGAAGGAAAUGGACUACCAAGAGGUGCUGAACAGUCAGGAGAUCUUCGGCGACGAGUUGGAGAUCUUCGCCAAGAAGGAACUUCAGAAGGAGGUUGUGGUACCGAAGGCGAAGGGAGAGAUCCUCGGAGUGGUGAUCGUUGAAUCCGGCUGGGGCUCAAUGCUGCCGACGGUGGUCAUAGCGAAUUUGUCCUCGUCCGGAGCGGCGGCACGGUGUGGUCAGCUGAAUAUAGGCGAUCAAAUAAUCGCAAUCAACGGGUUAAGUUUAGUCGGAUUGCCACUGUCUACCUGCCAAGGAUACAUUAAAAACACCAAAAAUCAGACUGCGGUUAAGUUUACGGUGGUUCCGUGUGCGCCUGUGGUUGAAGUGCGGAUAAAGCGACCCAACACCAAGUACCAGCUCGGGUUCAGCGUGCAGAAUGGAGUGAUUUGCAGUUUGCUUCGUGGUGGCAUUGCGGAACGAGGCGGAGUCCGCGUCGGGCACCGAAUCAUCGAAAUCAACAACCAAAGCGUGGUAGCUGUACCACACGAAAAGAUCGUCAACCUGCUGGCGACAUCUGUAGGCGAGAUUCACAUGAAAACCAUGCCUACCUCGAUGUUUCGGCUACUAACGGGGCAGGAGAACCCGGUUUACAUCUAAGCAGGCGUCCGGGCACUUACGAAGGGACUGGCGAGGAUGCGAUGUGAUUGUGAUACGAAAACGGAAAACGCACGAAAGCAAAACGGCUGCUGGACACAAUAGACACUGCACUGCAUAUAAUCUGCAUUUAGGCGUAACGCGAACAGAGCGAUAAAACAGUUGCAAAGCAAAUGCGCUUCAAACCUGGUUGCAAAACGACACAGUUUUCGACGACGUGAAACCAAGAGAUUGUGAAUCUUAGUGUAGGGAGUUUGUAUAGUCGAAUGAUUAGGCGAAUUUCGUAAUGGGUAAUAAUAAGCAAAUAGUAUAUUAAGCAUUAAGACUUGCAGGCUGAACAAAUCUACCUUUAAGACGAGUGGAUUUCAAAAAAAACAAUGCAAAACGAUUCCUCAAAGAAGUUAUAGACGAUGCUCUUGCUGCAGUUAGGAGGACCGGACUUACCAAAGUUGUUGACUGGCGGGAGCCUAUGAAAGUCUCACUCAAACCCAUACUCAUACCGACACGGUUUUCAGAAACCAGUUUUCAAUUCUUCCUUCAUCACAUAUUACCGGACACUGUCAACUCUGCGACCAAACUAUAAAUGCUCCGUAAUCAGUAAGGUAUGCCUACAAUUUAGUGACUGUUUCCAAAAUAAAAAUAAUAUUUGAGAGAGUUGCGUCCGCUGUGAAACCAAAAGUAAACCUGGAAAGUAUUUGAGUGAACCAAGAAAGUAUUUAUUCGUAGCAAUAUAUACGUAUACAUAUGAGGGAGGAACACAGAUUGAUUAAGCGCUUUCCACGAAUCUUUAGGAAUAUAUAAUUGACGCAAAGGUUCCGUGACAGACAUGAUGACGGCCACACAUACACAUAUACCUAUGAAAGACAUGCAUUUAAUCGCAUACGCAUCAAAUCGAGAGGAAAUCGAAACUGCAAACCAUUUAGUCACGCUGCAGUAGGCUGAUCAAAAGCUGAACAAUACAAAGUUGAGCAAAUCCGGAAGAAGAUCAACUUUCAUGUGAUAACAAUACCAAGUAAUCAUUCUGGAAACAAUCAGCAUCAAGUGAAAGGUUGUUUAUCAAAAUGGGGAAAACAAGGAAAUAAUCACUAUGACUAUAGAAAGCAUAACGCAAGCAAUGCAUAAAGAAACAAAUUGAACACGCAAUGCAGCAGCAAAACAAAGGUGCAAAACUAUAGAGACGAAACCAGAACAAUACACGAUGUAACGUUGGAAAAAAGUGAAAAACAAAA